AAAUGAACAUUGAACACGUCAAAAUCAGUUUUUAUUCAUAGCGAUUGAUACGAAAAGAUGUUUUGAAGAUGUAUUUGUUGAUAUUAAAUUGGUUUUGGAGUGCCUAGGAUUUACCAUUAAUUAACAAAGUAAAAUUUUAGUGCACAGGAUUACAGAAGAACUCAAAAUGAAGGCUAUUCUUGCAACAGUGAUUAGUCUUGCACUCACGACUGUGGUUAUUGGCAAUGCCUAUUACCAGAAAAAGCAGUUUUAUCCUUCGAUAGUGUAUUUAACUAACUCCAAUCCUAGCAUGGCAGUGAUGUACUUGCAAGCUUUUAUACUUGUUCUCCUGAUAGGCAAGCUGUUGCGGAAAAUAUUCUUUGGGCACCUUCGUCCUGCAGAAUUUGAGCAUUUAAUAGAAAGGUCAUGGUAUGCAAUCACAGAAACCUGCUUGGCAUUCACGGUGUUUAGAGAUGACUUCAAUCCAAAGUUUAUUGCACUAUUUACUCUCCUGCUGUUUUUGAAAGCAUUCCAUUGGCUUGCCGAAGACCGUGUGGACUAUAUGGAGAGGAGUCCAGUAAUUGGCUUGCUAUUUCACGUUAGAAUUUUGAGUCUGUUGGUGUUGCUAGCUCAGGCAGACUUCUACUUUAUUCACCAUGCGUACCAGGUCACCUCCUCCAAAGGGCCAUCCGUGCAACUUGUGUUUGGCUUCGAGUACAGCAUACUGCUAAUCAUGAUUGCCAAUAUUUUGAUCAAGUAUGUGCUUCACGCCAUCGACUCGCGAUGGGAGACGCCAUGGGAGAGUAAAGCCGCAGUUCUGUUGUACACUGAGCUGGCGAUCAACUUUCUCAAAGUGCUUCUGUACCUCGGCUUUGUGGCCGUAAUGGUUCGCAUCUACACCCUGCCGCUGUUCGCCUUUAGACCCAUGUACGAGACAAUGAGGAGCUUCAAGAAGGCCUACAACGACGUGGUGUUGUCGCGGCGCGCGAUCCGCAACAUGAACACCCUAUACCCAGACGCGACAGCCGCCGAGCUCGCCGCCGCCGACAACGAAUGCAUCAUAUGCCGCGAGGAGAUGCACUCUGGUGCCAAAAAACUGCCGUGCAACCACAUAUUCCACGCGGCGUGCCUCCGGCUGUGGUUCCAGCGGCAGCAGACGUGCCCCACGUGCCGACUUAACGUGUUGCGCGCGCCCGCUCCCGCCGCCGAACCCGCCGCCGCCGCCGCCACGCCGCCGGGUGCGGUGCCGCCCGCCGCCGCCGUGCCGCCGCCUUUCCCGCAGAUGCCACCACCGAUGAUGGCGUGGGGCAUGCCGCCGCCGCCACCGCCGCGGCCCGCGUCGCUCGGCAACCUCAGCAUGGCUGAACUACAGCGAAUGGAAGGCAAUGAACGCAGGGCCGUUGAAGCUAGACUACAGUUGCUCCGCGAGAUCCAAUCGAUGUUGGACGCGUCGGUGCUGCUAAUGCAGCAGUAUUCCUCCGUGGUGGGCUCGGUGGCGCAGAACCACGUCACCAUCGGCACGCAGACGCUCGAGAUGGGUCGAACAAAAGAUGAACCCGAUACGAAGCCAAAUGUGAAGAGCGAGCCAGACGUGGUGCCGUCGACGUCGAGUCAGCCUUCGACGAGCCAGGCAGCAACCAGCAGCCACCAGCCCUCGCCAGUCCCCUCCACGAGUGGCGUCAAGACUGAGCCGCUGAUUGACAGGCCGCACGCUGACGGCGACUCUGGAGACAAGACUGAUGCUGAUGCGGAGGAACUGCGAAGACGCCGACUGCAAAAGUUCACGCUGGAAAAAUGAGCUUGUUGACUGACUACGUUCUCUCGUUCCACACCUAUCUUACUGUUAUUUAAUGUACAAAGUGUCUCUGUAUGUGUAAGCAUUGUGUAUUCUAAUCAAAAUAUGUGUAUUUAUGUUCUUGUAAAUAUAAUGCGAUAUAUACAUGAAUACAUAACUUGAUGAUUUACUUUCUUAUUCCAUACAAUUAAUUAAAAUUCACAGAGAUUAUAAAAAUACAGCGGAAAAGUAUUUUCCUUAAAAAUGUGAUUAAAGAAUGAUUAGAAGUUUACUUAAAUUUUGUUUUCUAUUUAUAAAGUAAGUAAGUUACAUCAUUUUAGAACUA